AUGGACUGCAAUAAAGACGAAGCCGUAAGAGCAAAAACCAUAGCCGAGGAAAAGUUUAAGCAGAAGGACUACGCUGGCUCCAAAAAAUUUGCAUUGAAAGCCCAAACUCUCUAUCCACAGCUUGAUGGCAUUUCCCAAAUGCUAGCGACCCUAGACGUGUAUUUGUCUGCUGAGAGGAGGAUAAAUACGCUGGUCGAUUGGUACGGGGUGCUUGAUGUGGAUCCCACGACCGAUGACGAGACAAUCAAGAAAAAGUACCGGAAAUUGGCUCUUCUUCUGCACCCCGACAAAAACCCAUUGGCUGGUGCUGAUGGUGCGUUUAAGCUCAUUUCUGAGGCCUGGAGUCUUCUGUCGGAUAAGGCCAAGAGGUUGGCCUAUAACCGCCAAAUCGCGGGUUUUAAAGGGUCCCACCCGAAACCUCCUAGUGGGGGCCCCUCUGCUGGUGGGCCAAGAACUGCCAGCCGGCAGGCCCAAAAUGGUGGCCCGCUGGCACCAUCCUCGGAGUGCCCAUCUUCAAAGCUUGGAAAGAGAGAGCCUCCCGCUCCAAAAAUGCCAAAAAAGAGAUCAAAGACUGUAGCUGCCAAGCCAGUCCCUGCUCCUUCACCCAUUCCAAAAGUCGAGAGUUUUUGGACCAUCUGCCAUGAAUGCAAGGUUAAGUACGAGUAUCACGUGAUGUACCGCAACUGUACCCUUCACUGCAUGGACUGCAAAAAGCUAUUUGUGGCUCACCAGAUACCUCGGCCGGCUGAGCUGUCACGAAUUCGCAAGCCUAGUCACCGGCCGCCUGCGCAACAGCUGAACUCGAGCAACAAUUGCAGUAGUGAUAAUAAUCUGGCCUCGCAGUCUGUUAUUUCCUGA